AUGUCGUUCAGAGCCGCUUUCUUGCCGACAUUACGAGGUAGCUUACCCGGUCCGUCAGCUCAAGUAACCAGAGCACGAUCAAGUCAACUAGUGACGAAGAGGUUCUCCACCGCUACGCACGCUCAUGGAAGAACUCAUGGUUAUUCUCAUUCGCAUGGCCAUGCUGAGUCGACACCCAGGCAAAGGAGCGGUCCAGGUGCUUUCAGGAGAUGGGCCACUAGGUUUGCUUUGGCUUUAGCAUUUCCCGCUGUAUACGUAGCGGGCGCAGCCUUCCCUCCUCAAUUGGUGUUAUUCAUCUUCCCUCGAUACGCUCCUCCACCACCUCAUAAAGACAGUCCGAGGGGUAAGAGCCAUACGAGCGACAUGGAGAGCUGUAUACACGAGCUUAAUAUCGUAGAAGAUAUGAGAAAGAAAGUGGGAGAAGGGGAAUGGUACGAGACUAGACCGUAUCAAAACUACGAUCCCAACAAGGUGCACAAUUCCCUCACGGCUGGAUCAUUGAGAGGUCCAGGGAUGUUAGCCAUCGCACCUGUGUUAUUUGCCAAAACAGAUGAAUCAGAAGCGAUCGCUGUGAUACACCUUGGAAGAGCACUUUGUGGACAUGAUGGUAUCAUUCACGGAGGAUUGUUAGCUACUGUAUUUGAUGAGACGUUGGCGAGGAAUGCUCUUCUCAAUCUUCCAUCCAAUAUUGGUGUAACUGCGAAUCUGAACAUCAACUAUAGGUCACCUUGCAUGGCAGACCAAUUCGUCAUAGUGCAUACCAAGCUCGAAUCAAUCAAAGGCAGGAAGAGCGUAGUCAGUGGUUAUAUGGAGACAACCAGUGGAGAGAGGAUAGCCGAUGCUACUGGUCUGUUCAUCGAACCUAAAUGGGCUCAAUUCUUAGCUUCGAGCGGAGUAACAGAAGCUAUGGGUACUCGUAAGAUACCUGAUCCAUCAAAAUCGCCAAUGCUAUUGGACGAUCAAACGGAACAUAUCAUCUAG